CCGUUUUGGAAUCUUUCGCAUCCUACCCAGCCCUCCCCUCCUUCGUCGCGUCAGCUGCAGCCGCGGCGGCGCCUCCUCUCCCCGCUCCUCUCCUUUCAUCUGCUCUUCUAAAUUCUAAACAAAAGCACACAUACAGAACAAUCAAACCCCCUUUUCCGCCAACUAGGGUUUUUCUUCCCAGUCCCGCAUCUCCUCUCCUCUGCUGCUGCUGUUAGGGUUUCUGCUUCUCUCCAUCUCCUCGCGCUUCCUUGCCAGUGGAGCGGGCCGGACUCUCCUUCGCCGCUGCCAUCCGCAAGCACCACCGGAUCCUGAGAGCAAGUCCUCCCGGCCAAGCCGCGAGACGAGAUGUUCUGGCGAAUCCCCAAUUUCUCCGCUUCCUCUCCAGUGGAGUUCGUUUUGGACAAAGAGAACUUCACAUUGGAAGAGCUUCUGGAUGAGGAAGAAAUAAUCCAAGAAUGCAAAGCUUUAAACACACGCUUGAUAAAUUUUCUUAGAGAUAGAUCUCAGGUGGAACAGUUGCUGCGGUAUAUUGUUGAAGAUGCUCCUGAAGAUGCUGACAGCAAGCGAUCUUUCAAAUUCCCUUUCAUUGCCUGUGAGAUAUUUACCUGUGAAAUUGAUGUUAUUCUUAAGACCUUGGUAGAGGAUGAGGAGCUGAUGAAUAUGCUGUUUUCUUUUCUUGAGCCAAACCACACACAUGGUUCGAUGUUGGCUGGGUAUUUUAGCAAGGUUGUAAUAUGCCUUAUGUUACGGAAGACAACACAGCUUAUGAAAUAUGUCCAAGCCCAUAACACCAUUUUCUGCCAAUUGGUUGAUAUGAUAGGUACAACAUCGAUUAUGGAGAUUUUGAUUCGACUUGUUGGUGCUGAUGAUCAUAUAUAUCCAAAUUAUGCGGAUAUCAUGCAGUGGUUGGCUGAUACUAAUCUUCUUGAAAUGAUUGUGGACAAAUUGAGCCCAUCAAGUUCACCUGAAGUUCAUGCAAAUGCUGCUGAGGUGCUCUGGGUCAUCAUCCGAAAUGCUCCAUCCGCUCUAGCUGCCAAAGUUUCCAGUCAAAGCUUUGUUGCAAGGAUAUUUGGUCAUAUGCUGGAAGAUUUGCUGUGUAAAUCUGCUCUUGUCCACUCAUUAUCAGUAUGCAUUGCCUUGUUGGAUCCUAAAAGAUCUGCUUCUUCUGCUAUUAUUCAUUCUGUCAGAAGUCAGCAUAUAUAUGAACCAUCUAUUCAUGUUGAUCCUGAAAUUGUUUGUGCCAUGCUACCAAAAUUGGGUGACUUGCUUAAAUGUUUGGAUGUAUCAUCUGAUGUGAAUACCCUGCCUACUACUUAUGGUCGACUACAUCCUCCACUUGGGAAGCAUCGCCUAAAAAUAGUGGAGUUCAUUACGGUGUUGUUGGAGACUGGUAGCGAAGCUGCCGGGAAGGAAUUGAUUAGAUCUGGGGGCAUUAAUGGUGUUCUAGAUCUCUUUUUUGACUAUCCAUUCAAUAAUUCAUUGCAUCAUCAAGUAAAGAGCUUGAUAAUGUCAUGUCUGGAGAGCAAGCAUGUUGCGAUUGUUGAUCACCUCUUUUGUGAAUGUAAUAUAAUUCAGAAAUUUCUACAAGCAGACAAAAUUCCUUUUCUUUCUAGAGAUUCUAGUGUGGUUACCAUACCUGCUGCCGGAAGACAGCCACCUCGGGCUGGCUACAUUGGACACAUUACACAAAUUUGCAACAAACUUGUUCAACUUGGAAGCAGCAAUGAUCAUAUUCGGGCUUACUUACAGGAAUCUGGAGAGUGGACAGAUUGGCAAAGUACAGUACUACGUGAACGAAAUGUCAUGGAAAAUGUUCACCAAUGGGCCUGUGGCCGUCCAACAGCAUUGCAGGAAAGAACAAGAGAUAGUGAUGAAGAUGAACUUCAUGAAAGAGACUAUGAUGUUACAGCCUUGGCAAAUAAUUUAAGCCAGGCAUUUAGAUACAAUGUUUAUGAAAAUUAUGAUGCGAAUGAGGUCCAGGGGUCCCUUGAUCAAGAUGAUGAGGUGUACUUUGAUGAUGAAUCUGCUGAAGUUGUCAUCUCUUCUCUGAGACUUGGAGGUGAUCAUCAGAGCAGUUGUCUUUUCACAAAUUCCAACUGGUUUGCUUUCCAAGAAGAUGGUAUCACUGAGCCUGUGAGCACAUCAGCUUUUGAUAAAAUGGAUGAUAUCAAUAUUGAGGGGACUACUGAUGCUGGUAACAGUAGUGAUGAUGAGGUGGUGGUCGGAGUUGACGAGCUGGCCAAGUCCGUGUCUUCUCAAAAUGAGUAUCCUGUGACCAACAAAAGUUUGAAGAGGGAAGUUACCCUAAAUGGGUUAACAGAUGCAGCAAAGGUAAAUGUCCUUGAUGAUGUGGGCCUUUUUCAGUUUGAUGCAACUGAGAAUGAGGACCUGUUCAAUGAUCAUUCACUGCCUGAAUGGGUCGGAUGGCGUGAACCUUCUGAUAUUCAGGUUGAUGGUUCUGGUGAAUUUUCAACCACAUCCGAUCCUGUGGAGGCUGCUGUAAUUCCUACCACUGAUGGCAUGACUGGAGCCCUUGCAUGUGGCAGCCCUGCUACGUCAGAGUUUAAUAAAGCGGAAAAGGCCAACGCGAUAAUGCCUUCUUUAUUUGAAGAGGAUGCGGAGUUUGUAGGCGUAGAUAUGGAGGGAGUAGGGAGGGCGGUGGAGAGAGCUUUGGAAGAAGGCAUCAAUGGAGAGGCGAGCACCAUGAAAAGGAACAUUGUUCUCAAGGUGGCAGAACUGCAGAAGCCUGGCGAGGAAGCAGCGGGGAUGAUGAGCCAUUGGCGAGUAGAGCCAGAAAUGGGUGUUGUUCAGGAAUAGCCGAGUCCCAUCUAGCAAUGUCUCUUCAGUGGCUGGUGUACAUGUACAGUAUCAUCAAUUCAGAGGUACAUCUGGCAGCAGAUGUACAUAUACUGUAUCAUAUUCUAACUCUGCUCCUGUAGGAAAUGGCUGGGUAUGCCAUGUGAUUUGUGGUGUUGUUUCUAGUCAUUAUCAUAAUCAUUGAUAGCCUUCAUCCUGCA